UUUUCUCCUUAUUACUCUUCUCUAUUCCUUUUUCUUUCAGCCUCAUCGCUGUUUCCUUUGAGCACGCCCAGAACGCCCGAAGGUUUGCUUCCCGAUUCCAUGUCUACAACACACUCGCACGUUGACUUUUCCACCAGCGCGCGAUGCUACGCAACCAGUGUGCAGUUCCAUGUCUCGUGAUGGCCCCGACCUCUUCAAAUCUUCAGGCCGUGAAGUCCGACGAGCUGAGAGAUUUGCUGGAGCUUCUUCUCAGACGCAGAUCACCUGUGACGACGUCUUCGGCUGUUCUUGGCCAAAGACGGACUCUGAGGGAUGCCCUGGGAGGAUGAAGUCGAAGUUGGACAGCACUGGGAGAAACUCUAGCUCUUUCCAUAUCCGCAUUGCUCUUGACUUGAAAGGUUUGAGUACGGGAAGUCUACCGCCCCCUGAUAUUGGUGAUCUUAAUGCCAAACUUGAGCUUCUUGAUGGCACGCUAUUAUCCAUUGUACCAUUUAUGUACCUAUCCGUUGUCUCCAACACCAAACCAAGACACGAUUCUCUCUUAUUAAUUUCACCGCAUCAAGCUCCCCUAGUCAUUACGAUUAAGUUGUCGACAGUGAUGAGGUUAGAGGGUCGUCUCCAGAUCUGA